GAAGUAUGCAGAAUUCCCAAAGAUGGCGGAACAAGGUCCGAUGGCGAUAGCUAUGCGGCUAAGAAAUCAGCUGCAGAACGUCUACAAGCUCGACCCUUUAAGGAACGAGGAAGAAGUUAAAAUAAAGAUAAAGGACCUAAAUGAACACAUCGUUUGCUACCUCUGCGCAGGAUACUUUAUCGACGCAACCACUAUCACAGAAUGUCUCCAUACGUUUUGUAAGAGUUGCAUUGUGAAGUAUCUCCAGACCAGCAAAUAUUGUCCAAUGUGUAACAUCAAAAUCCACGAAACACAGCCCCUGCUGAAUCUAAAGCUGGAUAGAGUCAUGCAAGACAUUGUCUACAAACUAGUCCCGGGUCUACAAGAGAGCGAAGACAAGCGAAUUAAAGAAUUCUAUCAGUCACGGGGUCUUGAACGCAUUAUACAACCAUCUGGAGAAGAUUCAGUUCCAGAUAACACAGGAUUACCUUACACAAGCUUUGACCACUCCAAAGCUCACUUUUACAGAUACGAUGAGCAGGUCUCUCUAUGUCUGGAAAGGCAAAGCUCGUCAUUUUCCGGGAAGGACAAAAAUAAAUUAACUCUACAGCAGAAGUUUGUACGUUGUUCAGUCAGGGCUGAAGUUCGGCAUCUGAGGAAAGUCUUAUGUCAUCGACUUAACGUGGAGAAACAUCAGGUCCAGAUGUUAUUCAAUAACGAAUCUCUCCCAGAUCACAUGACCAUGAAGCGUCUCUGGCUGUCUCACUGGUUUGGAAAGGCACAACCGCUGGUUCUCCAUUAUACUAUAAAAGACAAAAGGACGAGAUAGGAUUAUGUUAAAAUAUCAAUUGGUGUAUAUAUUUUGUAUUUCACAUAUUCUAUUUUAAUAGCUUUCUGUGCAUAUAUACUUAUUUUUUUUGUUUUGUAUUUUUGAAAAUAAAUUAAGUGGUAAAAAAUACCGAGUGCA